AUGGUUUCAUUCUCAACGGAUCUCAGCGUCACACCAGCACAAAAUAACAACAAAAUGUCGAAAGAUGGCACAAAGAUCAAGAAGAAAAUCGAGAAUAAUCAUCCUCGACCGUGGUGUGGAGCAGCGAACGGGUCAACGAGCUUGGACCGCGAUCCGGAUAAUAAGGAAUACCACUAUGGCUCGUGGCAGGACAAGGAGAAAACGCCGAUGUGCCAGAUUGCAGAGCUGUGCCGAUUUAAUAAGAUAAAACACGAGUACAAAUUGAUGGACGAGAGCGGGCCGGCUCACAAGAAAAUGUUCACCGUUCAGUUGGUCUUCUCGCAAGAUGAGAAAUUCGAGGGCACUGGCGGAUCAAUUAAGAAGGCGCAACAAGCCGCCGCAGCAGUGGCGCUAAAGGAAACGAAUCGCACAAUGCCGCCGAUGAAACGAGAGAAUAAAAAGAAACCAGCCGCCUCGUCACCAUCAGUCCUCCUCCGGCAUGCCAUUCAACGAUUGGGGCUCCCUGAACCCGAUUACAAGAAACAAAUGAUACCAAUAUUUCCACCAUCUGGACCAAGGAUUCCUUUGAUGCCGGCAUCAAGCAACGGAAAUCCCCAUUACCCUGGUCCUCCUCGACCUCUUUUCUCUGCUAAACCUUUUAUCAUCUCUGGAAAUGGACCAAUGCCAAUUCCUUCACCACACAUGAUUCUCUCUCCGAUGAGUCCACCGUACGAGUAUCCUCCAUGUGUUCAUCCAUUCAUCCCUCCACCAAACGGACUUCCCAUUCCACCACCCAUUCCACAACCUGGAGCUUUUCUACCAAGACCAAUCCCUCAACCAUUAUUCGUUCCACAUGGACCGGCCCGCCCUGUACAUGUAACCCUUUCGAUUGGACCUGAACAUCCACUCUUCCGAACCACCGCCCCUUCUUUCACCCAAGCCAAGGAAAACUGUGCUUCACAGGCUUUAACCCAUCUCGGUCCGUUAUUGGCAAAGCUUGAUCAAGAGGUGAAGGAGAAACCGAUCGAAAAAUUACUUAUUGUUGAAGAAGAAGAGGAUACUGAAGAAAAAAACGAGGAUUCGAAUAGCUCGGAUGAUGAAAACGAACGUGAAAACGAGCACGAACAUAGAAAAGAGGGAAAAAGUCAAAAACCGAAAAGUGUCGUCUCGAGAAUGCACGAGUACGCGUUGCAGCUGAAGUUGAACGUGAGAUUUGAGAAUCUAUCUGAAGAUGGCCCAGCCCAUAAUCGGCAUUACAUCGUUCGUUGUCAUCUGAAUGGUCCAAAUCACUCAAUAUCUGCUGAAGGUCAUGGAAAGAAUAAAAAAACGGCAAAACAGGAAGCAUGUCGGAUGAUCUUGGAACAAAUACAGGAUAUUGACAAAUCACCCCUUCUCCUUGCUCAAACCAUCUACAAAAAUGAUCGCAAAAACUCAAUGAGCAAAGAAAGCAAACGGAAAACGAUUGUGAAAGAUAAAAAGAUGGAUCCAGAGUAUGGACAUCAGAUCAAUCCCGUUUCAAGACUCAUGCAAAUUGCUCAAGCACAAGGGUCACCUGAUCCAAAAUUCGAGCUAAUCCGUGAACAAGGUCAAAAUCGAUACAAAGAGUUUAUUGUAGAAGUGCUGUGGAAUGGAUUGUCUUGCCAAGGAACUGGCCCAAACAAGAGAUUGGCAAAAAGAGCGGCUGCUGAGAAUAUUCUAUCUGAAAUAGGGUAUGUGAAGCCACUGCCAGCUCCGGGAAAGAGUUUGCUAAAGAAACGGGGGGAUGAGAUGGUGAUCGGUGUAUUUGAUCCGAAUGAAGUGGUCCAACAAGAGGAAUGGAAUGCAGAGAUUACUGUGGAAAUGCCGGAGAAAGGAUCGGAUGAGAGCUCGGAAGUGAGUCCGACACAGGGAAACGAGAGAUCGAGUCCGAAUGGUGGCAAGAGGAAAGUCACGUUCAGCUCGCAAGUCAGCGCUUGUCCGCCGCCAGAUGACAGCUCGUAUCCAUCUCCCGAGAUUGCCCCUCUGAAGACUGAUGAUGUGGCUGUUGUUGCAAAGCUUACGAAGAGAGAUCGAAAGAAUAAACGAGUUCUGACUUCGGAGCAAAUCGAAGAGUUAUCGUUGAGAGCUCGGGAAUUCCUUUCAGCGUUCAAUCAGGAAACAAAGGCUGCAAUCUUGCCGACAAAAGGUGAUCCACACGGCGAUUCCUCUACAGUCUUCUCAAUGCAAAGUGUAACCGCUCGUCGUCGUCUCGAGGCUCUCUCAGAGCAAUUCAAAUUCUCUCUCCAAUUUUGUCACCUACCCGCCUCGGCCGGUUCAGACAAUCUAGCGCUGGCAACGAUGGGAUUGGAGAAUCAAAAAGCUUUGGUUCACAAAGGAAUCGGCUCCACGGCGGAGGAGGCGGCUGAUUGUGCGGCGUUGGAUGCGCUCAAGAGUCUCGCUGCUCUAUCGACGCCUCCACAA